GCUGCCCCCCCACGCGCGGUGAAGGUUUCUGAUUUUUAUUCCCCUGUUCAGUGACGAGCUGCUGCACUGCCAUUAUUGUAUUGAAACGCAGGCAGUUGUAUCGUUUCUCCCAUUCCCCGGAAGAGCAUUGUAGCUCACUCACCUCACUCGCCUCGCUCUCUCACCUACACACAUAAUUAGGCCGUACUUGCUCACUCACCCACUCACCCACAACCUAGCUGCUCGUGGGAAAUUCCUUAUUUCUUAAAGUCCCUGUUCCGGGCAUACAUCCUUUCUUUUUUUUCUCUUUGUUUUCCUUUUUCUAGUCCCUCCACAUAGCAGCCUUUUUAACCCCGCUAGAAUCAGCCUGCAGUGGUUGGAAAGUUGUUGUAUUCGUAAAGCCACCCGAAUAAUCCUAUAUCAUCCCCCAGAUUCCAGCUCUGACUCUCUGUUCACUUACUUGUUCGAAGAUCUUGAACUUUUUUUUUUCCUUGACUACUUACCAUAUCUUACUCGGCACUACCUUACUUGAGCUCUCUCUCUCGCUUGCCCUAACUUUAUACGACCAUGCCUAGAGAAAGAAGAAAGUGGACCGAAGGUGAAGAUGCUAUACUUCGUGACGCAGUAUUGAAAGGCGGGGAAGGAGCUUGUGACUGGCAUCUCAUUGCUUCCUGUAUUCCCGGCCGCACAAACAAAGAUUGUCGGAAGAGAUGGCACUAUAAGGUAGCAGCAACAGUAAAUAAAGGACCUUGGGAAGUUGCCGAGGACGAAAGGUUAUGGGCCGCCGUUCAAGAGCAUGGAAGCCGUUGGGCAUUAGUAGCACAGGUUGUCAAAACCAGAAAUGGCGACCAAUGCUCCAAACGUUGGUACGAUGCAUUGGACCCAAGUAUCGAUCAUAGUCCAUGGACUCCGGAAGAGGAUGUCCGGCUACUGGAAGCUAUCGAGAAACAUGGGAGAAACUGGAAGGCAAUAGUUAAAGCUUACUUCCCUCGCCGGACAAGUCUAUCGGCCAAAAACAGAUACUCGCUUCUAAUCAGGAAGAUGGAACCCAAGAACAAGCAGUCCCAAUCUGGAGGGUCCAAGAAAACAAACCAAAAAUCUUCGCAAAAGUCGCAGUCCCAAGCGGACACACUGGAAGCUAGCAAGAUACCCGCUCCCCAGUUUCGCCAGGAGCCAAGAGAUAUGGGGAUCAAGGGACAGGGGGAGCGCUCGCGAUCGCAUGCAUACAGAAACUCUUUAUCUGGGGGGGCGGGAAGCUCACUAAACGUUCUUUUCGAGCCUAGCUGUCAGACUAGGGGUGCCGAUAAGGGUGGCAGCAGCGGUGACACCGAUCCCAGCAGUGCAAAGCAGCAACAGCAACAACCGGUUGCGUUUGAAAGCCCGUUGUUGAGUCAGAAGGGUACGCCAAGCAUCUCGAGUUAUACACCCCCAUCCUCCGACUGUCCAGCACUUUCACCGGCGGACUGGUCGAGUCUGGUUGCGAACGGUAACACCGGGUCAGAGGCAAGUUUCCCGGUCACCACACCCCCCGGGCAUAGUGAGGAUAUGUCCUUGUUUUUCAACGACUUGCACCUCACAGCUUCACUUAGUCAAGGGGAUCUCAUACAGUUCGCUGCGAAGCAUCCUGAAAGGAUGGUUGCGAGGUCGAUAUCCCUGGACCAGGGGACCAUGGGAAACAGAGGUGUAGACUUUCGAAGGAAUAGAACCCCCCGUCCGUCAAAUGCUGGUCAGGAUAUGAACGAUAAUACAGGUUCCCGUGUGAUUACUGUCAUGAUAAACAGAGAGGUUCCGGAAACCGUUAAUAGUAUUGUCAAUCAUAUCGGACGGGAGGAAGGCGUUAGUAUUGCGAUUCAUCUAGGUUGAUCCCUCGAGUGCUUGGUACAUUUAUAUGCGGGCGCAUGGGCGUUGGAAGGCGUUUUAUCUCUUGGCUUUUGCUCUUCUUUUUCUAUUUCUAUUCCCAUAUGUAUUUAUCACGUCUUCGUUUCAAGUAUUGCCGCUAGCAUCGUCUCUCGUCUCCUUUGUUCAGAUUGAUGAAGAUCAGGGUUUAUGUAUGGAGUGUCUUUAUCGGGCUAAAAACCUUGGCUUUUGAACUGUCUGUAUAGCAACCAAGUUCACUCCCACGACGCACCCCG